AUGUCUGAACUAGAAGCUCUAAAAAGGAUUUCGGCAUAUAUUGCUGAAAACAAAAUCAAUUCGACUUUAAAACCUGAAACCGACAUGGUUGACAAAGAAAAUCAAAUACAAGAUAUAAAUGACAGUUCGACCACAAAAGCAGAAACAUCAAAAGAAGACGUCGAUAAUCAGCAUUUCGACUGCAUAUACAACGACGAACCUUUAGGGUUCGAAAAGGAUCCUAUGGCGCCAAAGAAGAUGCAACCACAAGAUCCUUUGGAAGAAAUCGAUCCGGGCAAAGAGGGAGAUAAGAGACCCACAUUCAUCAGCGUCAACAUAUACCCAGAACUCAGGUCGCAGGCAGGAGAUUUCCUUGGCUUUGUAGUGCAUAAAAAUGGUAUAGAAGUCAACCAAAGCAAGACCAAAGCCAUUAUGGAUAUUAAACCUCCAUCGACAAAGAAGGAACUUCAAUCUUUAUUAGGGAAGAUAAAUUUCUUAAGGAGGUUUAUAUCUAACUUAAGUGGAAAGACGAAGGCGUUCUCACCACUACUUCAAAUGAAGAACGAAGACUUCAUCUGGCAAAGUCAGCAUCAAGAGGCUUUCGACAGGAUCAAAGAAUAUCUGACGAAACCUCCAAUAUUGGCACCACCUGUCAGAAGCAGGCCCAUGAGGUUGUACAUUGCAGUCUCGGAAUCGACUAUAGGAAGUAUGUUAGUUCAAGAAAAUGAAAAGGGUGUCGAAAGACCGGUGUACUACCUUAUUCGAAUGUUAAAUGAUCCUGAAACUAGGUAUAGUGAUAUAGAAAAACUAUGCCUGUGUCUGUAUUUCUCUUGUAUGAAGUUGAAGCAAUAUAUAAAACCAGUUGAUGUGUAUGUUUCUUUGCAUUCUGAUAUUAUUAAGCACAUGUUGUCUAAACCAAUUUUACAUAGUCUAAUUGGUAAAUGGGCAUUAGCAUUAAUUGAAUAUUCCCUAACAUAUGCUCCUCUGAAAGCAAUGAAAGGGCAAGUGGUAGCAGACUUCCUGGUCGACCAUUCUAUGGUUGAAAUUCCUAAAAAUUAUGUCGACUUGGCACCUUGGAAAUUGUAUUUCGAUGGGUCCAGUCACAAAUAUGGAACGGGUAUUGGAGGAAUCAUAAUUUCUCCAGAUGGAAUUCCAGCAGAGUUCAAGUACUCAAUAGCUGGUAUGUGUACCAACAAUGAGGCUGAAUAUGAAGCCUUAAUAACUGGACUUGAACUGCUGCUAGAAUUGGGGGCAAGGAAUGUCGAAAUUAUGGGAGAUUCUGAGUUGGUAGUAAAGCAAGUCUCCAAGGAGUACAAAUGCGUUAAAGAAAAUCUAAUUAUGUACUUGGUAGUGGCGAACAGAUUGCUUAGAAGAUUCAAAUCAGCGAAUAUUCGACAUAUACCCAGGCAAGAAAAUCAAGAAGCCAAUGAUCUAGCACAAGAGGUGUCAAGAUAUAAGAGAGGCGGUGAUGAAGAGCCUAUUCAGAAAACACCCGAAGGAGUGCUCCUCAAGUGUCUAGGAGAGAGCAAAGCUUAUCUGGCCGUGUUGAAUGUACACAGCGGGGCUUGCGGAGCACAUCAAGUUGGCAAUAAGAUGAAGUGUACUCUAAUGCGCUCGGGAGUUUAUUGGCCAUCAAUGUUAAAAGACUUCAUAGAAUUCACAAAAGGAUGUCAAGAGUGUCACAUGCAUGGGGGCAUUCAGCACGUCCCUGCAAGCGAGUUGCAUGCUAUUGUGAUGCCUUGGCUGUUUAGAGGGUGGGCUUUAGACGUAAUCGGGGAAAUAAAACCAGCAUCGUCGAAGCAGCAGAGAUAUAUUUUGGUCGGUAUUGAUUACUUUACAAAGUGGGUCGAAGCCAUAGCUUUGAGAAACGUCGACCAAGAAGCUGUGAUAGAUUUCAUACAAGAUCACAUUAUAUGUCGAUUUGGGAUACCGGAGACUAUCACAACCGACCAAGGAACCGUGUUCACUGGAAAGAAAAUGCAGGAGUUCGCCCAGGAGGUUGACAUAAAGUUACUGACGUCGACGCCAUACUAUGCCCAGGAGAAUGGUCAAGUCGAAGCUGCCAACAAAGUAAUAAUCAACCUAAUAAAGAAGUAUGUAGGAAAAAAGCCGAAAACUUGGCAUCACUCUUUAAGUCAGGCCCUGUGGGCAUGUCGAACAUCUCCCAAAGAGGCAACUGGCACGACACCGUUUAGAUUGACAUAUGGACACGACGUUGUGUUACCAGUCGAAGUAUAUGUUCAAUCAGUAAGGAUACAAAGACAGCAUGAGAUACCAUUCGAAGACUAUUGGAGUAUGAUGAGAGAUGAGCUCGUCGAUUUAGAUGAAGAAAGAAUGUUGGUGUAG